AUGCGUCGCAAGCGUGACGAAAAUGAGGAAGCUCUGAUUGAGCGUGCACAGAAAAAGAUGCUAGAACUCAACCAGCACGAGCAGUUCUCUGACUUCACAUUCACAGUCCAGGAUGAACAAUUCUAUGUUAGCAAGAUCGUGCUGUCUGGUAUUUCGCCAUACUUCAGGAACAAGUUCGAGACAGAGUGGAGAUUCAAAUCAUCUGUGGAUCUGGAGUGGAAACACAGCCUCAGUGCAUUCUCCUGUAUGAUUGAGUACAUCUACACCUGCAGCUAUGAGCAACAUACCUGGCACCUGGGCCUCUUUCCUGUCCAACUGGUAAAGUUCCUUUUUGAGGUUUACCACCUUGCUGAAGAGUACGAGAUCCCUGGUCUCAAAGAGCGAGUGCUGGAGCACCUUCCCUCCGCCGUCAACGCCUUAGACUGCCCCUGGGGGUUUUAUUAUCUGGUGAACGACGACUACAUCUCUGACUCGGAAUUGGGCAAGAUCUUUGUGGCGGCCGUCGCGGAUAACGUCCAGGAUAUGCAGGCUUUUGAAGACCUCGACAUAGCGAAGCUGUAUCUCGUUAAAACGCCUGAGUUCGCCGCGGACUUAGUUUCUGAGCUGAUCAAGAGAAGGAUCUCAAAUUGCGAAUGUGGCAAUCGAUGA